AUGGUUAGCUACAGACUGAAGCUCACGGCCGGCAGUGUGCAGCACUUCGUCUGUGCGAAGAAGUUCAGCGAGAAUUCGAUGCGAGUACGUGGUUCUCUGUCGUUGCUCAUGGUGAACAGCAAGAAAUAUGGUGUUGAUCUUAUACGGUUUUCGCAUAACACAAGUAACGCCAUACAUUGUUCAACGAAAGUUGAUGAUACUAUACGCUACUUAUCCCUUCAUGACAACAAGUAUAUAAGAUAUUUCCCUGGGCACACUAAGAAAGUGAUCUGCCUGAGCAUGAAUCCAGCUGAUGACACAUUUCUUUCAGGUUCAUUAGAUAAAACCAUUCGAUUGUGGGAUCUGAGGUCUCAGAAUUGUCAGGGUUUGAUGCAAGUAAAUGGAAAAGCAAUAGCUGCUUUUGACCCUGAAGGUCUUAUAUUUGCGGCGGGUAUAAAUAAUGAGCAAGUGAAGCUUUACGAUUUGCGUUCUUUUGAUAAGGGUCCUUUCACAACAUUCAAACUGGAAGCUGAACGCUUCUGCGAGUGGACAGGGAUGACAUUUUCUCCUUGUGGCAAGUAUAUUAUGAUCAAUACCAACGGAACAGUUAUUAGGUACCAUACGUUUGUUCAUGUAAAGUGCUUAAAGCAUUUAUCCAGUCAAAAAUGA